UGUAGCAUUAGAAGUAAAAAUUUAUGAUAAAUCGUAGAACAACAAACUUGUGAGAAUACAAGAGCAAAUAAUUUAGUGACUUAGUCAAUCAAUCUCUACAAAAUGUUAAUGGCGGUUCCGCUUGUUGGGUUCUUGUGUUCAAUAGGGGCUGUAAUAUGCGUCUCCAGCCCCGUCGAAGAAGAGCUCGGGAGCGGCCGAUACGUGAUCGAAGGCCGAGUGUUCCCCGCUGACGAGCCUAACGUGGGCACUUGGCAGGUGGACACGCGCAUCCACGUCAACGGAGGCGAGUACAUCGGCUUCCUACGCGAUGACGGGUCUUUCAUCAUACACAAUGUACCUUCGGGUUCCUAUAUCGUCGAAGCCGUCCACCCGGACUACAUGUACGAACCCGUGCGCGUUGAAAUCAACUCUAAAGGCAAAUACCGCGCCAGGAAAGUCAAUUUCGUGCAAACUUCACAAAUAAUACAAGUGCCUUACCCGUUGCGCAUGAAGGUAUUAUCCAAAUUCAGAUAUUUCCAAGUCCGCGAACAAUGGAGGCUGACCGACUUCCUGUUCAACCCUAUGGUGAUCAUGAUGGUUCUCCCGCUCCUGCUGAUCAUGGUUCUGCCUAAAAUGAUGAACGAUCCGGAGACCAAAGAAGAUUUGAAGCAGAUUAGCAAUUUGGCGAAGAUGGGUGAGAUGCCGGAGAUGUCAGAAAUGUUUACCAACUUGUUUAGCGGAGGUGCCCCCAAACCUACUGCUAAAGCUAAGCAGAUCAAGAAGAGGCAAUAGAUUCAUUAAUUUAUCAUGAAUUAUUGUGUAGUUUUCUUGCUGAAUAAAAUAGUAAUCAUUUUAAAA